UCUUUAUCGAUCUCAUCAACUGUUAGUGCCACAUUAUUUAACGUUGAAUUUGAAUGGAUUACACGAUUGUUAAAGAAAUUCUUUGAAAUUGAAACAAGAAUUGGAGAGAAUUGUAUAAGUGAAGGAGCAUUAGCGGUAUAUUGA